AUGAGGGGGUCAAUAACGAUGGCGGCGGAGCUGAGGCCAAAGGCCAGGGUCGGGAGAUCAAAGGGGGCAAGGGCAACUCUGACAAAGGAGGUCACAAGGGGCGUGAUCAUGAUCCAGCUCCUGGAAAGGGAGAUGGCAGAAAAGGAGAAGAUGGUAAAGGAGAAGGCGCUGGUAAAGGAGAUGGUGGUAAAGAAGGAGAUGUCGUGUGCUGAUGAUCACUAUGACAAGUUCGAGGUACUCGAUCGAGCGGAGAUUCGUCGGCGCAUGGUACGACUGUGGGAUGUGGUCCACAACUACAACUUCACAGCAGGUGUUGGAAUGGCCUUCGUUAUUGACCAUAGCGGUGGGCAGAAUGAGAAGGUUGAUGAAGAGGGCAUGGAGCCCAAGAUGGCCCCGCCUGCCGCGAUCUCGAAUGAUGAGGAGUCAAAUGCCGACGGCUUCGGGGGUGAUAGUGGCACUUCUAAAGGGCAGGCGCGCAAUGUGCCAAAAAAAGAUGAUGGCCAUGAUGUUUGUUCUGGAAAUGGCAAGAACCUCUUGAAAGUCGUGGAUCUUCCAAGCUAUGUCAGGGAAGGGUUGCUUCAAGCAGCUUCUACUCGAGCCCCUGAUGCUGUUGCGGUCAGUGAGCAGUAUGUAAAGGCCUCGCCUCCAGACAGCGAGGGUGAUGAUGAGGAGCGUGUAGAUCCAGGCCCCAGAGUCCUCAGCAAGUUCUUGUCAGUCAAGUUCCGGAAUGCUUUGGGCAAGCAAGGCUCUACGACUUCAGAGAAAUGCAAGGUCAAAAGCAAAGCUAAAUUCAGGAUGAGGAAUCAUGCCAAGGCCCCCGAGGCUCCCAAGAAAGCCAACAAACCCGAGACAAAUAAUUCUGGUGCGUCGUGCGAGUACAAGCCAGGGCUCUUUGAGGAGGAGCGGCAGAUUUUCUUGCUUCAGGCUAAGGCUGAUGGCCUCAGCCAUAAAGAAGCCCUGGGUGCUUGGAAGGAUUCUCCCCAGCGUGCCAAGUUUCUCUGCAAUUUGUCUCUUCCAGAGCUUAAGAGACGUAGGUUUGUGCCGAAGGGCUGUGCCGCGAAUCCUUUUGUUGCGGUUGCUGCGUUGGGCGUGGAUGCGCCUCCUGUCCUCAUCCUCAUAGUCUUGCUGCUCACGUUCAAUACGGCUUUGGACAAGAAGCAGGACCGUGAGUUUCUGGAGCUAUUCGCAGGGGAAGCGGCUGUCACCGAAGCCCUCCGUGCUGCUCGCUAUCGCGGCGUCGCCAUUGAUUGGGAGAUGGACAGACGGACAUACCCGAAGGAGUUCGGCCAGUUCUUGGCGCGGAUGUUUGGUGAGUUGGUGAAGGUGCCUUUCACAACCAUCACCGCAGCGAGCACCGCUACUUCUGUGGAUGUACGGCUGACUGAUCUAGAGCUCUUUCAGAAGCACUGCUUGGGCGACGGUAGUGUGGGACCUGGAGGUGACCUUUGGGAGGACGACCCACGUAAGUAUGGCAAGGAUUCUGCUUGGGAAGUAACCAUAGCACAGCCCUACCUGGAGAAAACCAUGGACUUUCAAAAUAAACCUGGAUCCCUCUUUAAAGCCGAGGCUGACCUGUUCAGGGUUCUCCAGUACUUGAACUCCAAGUACGUGAAAGCUCCUGGCCAAUGGGCGGUGUGGGUUGCACUUAACAUGGUCUGCGCCAAAUUAAUGCUAGAGGGCACUGAGGGCACACUAGCUGUUUUUUGUCUUGCAGCCUAG